AUGAAUUCUCGAUUUGAAUUAUUUUCAACGGAAAUUUUCUAUGAAAUAUUUGAUUAUUUAUCAACUUAUGAUAUAUAUCAUGCUUUUAUUAAUCUCAAUUAUCGUUUAAAUUAUAUUAUUAAUAUAUAUCCAUUAAAAGUUGAUUUACAAAAUAUUUCUCGAUUAAAAUUUGAUUAUAUUUGUUAUUAUCUUCGACCUGAACAAGUCAUAUCAUUUAUAUUCUCAGACGAUGAUAUGGGUGAUCAAGUUAUUGUUUUUCAACGAUAUUUUCCAUAUUUUAAAUAUCAAUUUAUUAAUCUUCGUUCUAUAAAAUUUAUUCGAACAGAUGAUAUUCUAUUUGAUUUACCAUAUUCACUUUCAGCUCUUACAUUUCAUGGUUAUAUAUAUGUUAGUCAACGUGUUAUUGAAACUAUUGUAAAACAAGCCAAAUCUUUAACUUAUUUGAAAGUUGAUUGUUUUCAUGUAUUGCAAUCAAUUGAUAUUACAUUUCCUUCUCUCAAUUAUUUAAAUGUUGGUCACGUUGGAAUGAAAAUUUUCUGUUGUUUUUUAAAAAAUAAUGAAUCGUCUUCCAACGAUUAUCAUUCAUUACUUAAAAAUCUUCGUUCACCAAUCAAUCAUUUAAAACUUUCUAUUGAAAAUGAAAAUUUAAUAGACUCUAAUUCAAUACCUAAUUUUGAUUAUUUAUCUCAUUGUCUUACAAAUCUUACAAUGACUUGUUUAAUAAAUAAAACUUUUUCAUUUGAGUACAUUCAAAAUUAUCGUAUGAAAUUAUUAAAUUUAAAAUCUUUAACAAUUGUUAUCAAAUUAGAUUUAAUUGAUGGUAAACAGUGGGAAGAAUUUAUUCGAAAAACAAAAAUUAUUAAAUUUAAUUUUCAGUUUAUACUAUCCGAAAAUUUUACUUUUACACAAAGUAAAUCUAAAUUACUUGAUUCAUUUCGAUCAAUAUUUUGGCUAAAAGAAAAAUAUUGGUAUGUUGGACGUAAUAAACAUCGAUCGAACCAAAAUACACAAAUAUGCGUCUAUUCUAUACCUACAUUUCUACCGACAUGUAUUAAUUAUACUAGAGAUUGCUAUCCACCUUCAUCAACAGUACCAUCAAAUGAUGAACAACGAAUAUUUUAUUCGAGAUAUAUUGAAAAUUUAUACUUCGAUUUUAAUAAAUCCAUUGAUGAUCUACCAAAUUAUCGUCUUAUUCAUGUAAAUUCACUCAAUCUUAGUGGUUCGACAUUACCAUCAAUAGAUAAUAUUAUAUCUAUUGUUGAUCUUAAUCAAAUAAAAGAACUUAAUCUAUCACAUAUUAAGAAUAUAUCAAUUGGUCAAAUUCAUUUAUUACUUGAAUAUAUUCCUAAUUUAAAUCAUUUAAUAUUUAAAAAUUUUAUACCAUUAUUUAAACCACCUUUACAUAUUUAUUCAUUUACAAUUAAAGAAUGGAAAUUUUCGGAUGACUUGAAUUUAUUUUGUCGUAUGUUUUCAUAUGUUAAAUCUUUAAAAAUAUAUAUAAAUUCACUUGAAAUGAUGAUUGAAUUAAUUAAUCGAUUGAAAUAUCUUGAAAGUAUUCUUGUUUGGUACAAUUUUGAAAAACAUGCACCUUUUUUUUCAAUGAAUUGGUUGCGAAGAAAUAUACCACGUCUACGACGAAAGAAAUUUACAUGUAAAGAAGAUGAUUAUUAUAUGAUCAUAUCUAUUGGAAAUAACCGAAAAAAAAAUGCUCUCAAGUUUUUGAUCAAAUUUUAA